UCCGCUUCCGGGGCGGGGCCUGCGCGCGCGCCGGGGCGGAGCGGGCAGCGAGGGCUGCUUCUGGGGAAGGAAGAGACAGGGGCCGCUGGACCGGGGCUCCCAGCCACCCUCCGCCAUGGUCGUGUUCACGUGCAACGCGUGUGGAGAGUCGGUGAAGAAAGCGCAGGUUGAAAAACAUGUGGGCAUCUGCAGGAACUGCGAGUGCCUCUCCUGCAUGGAUUGUGGGAAGGAUUUCUGGGGUGAUGAUUAUAAGGAACACGUGAGGUGCAUAAGUGAAGACCAGAAAUAUGGUGGAAAAGAUUUCGAAGCCAAAACUAACAAAGGGGAUGCUAAACAACAGGAGUGGAUUCAGAAAAUUCAUGAAGUAAUGAAGAAGCCAAAAAUAAACCCUAAAGUGCGAAACAUUCUGGAGCAAAUGAGGGUCUUUGACAAUAUUCCAAGAAAAAAAGUAAAGUUUCAGAAUUGGAUGAAGAACAGUUUGAGAAUUAGUGACAGCACUUUGCAAGACCAGGUGUGGGAUAUUUUCUCUGAAGCAACCAGAAACACUUCAAGUGAAAAAGAACAAGACAAACCACAACAGAAAGAAGGGGGGCAGUCUGCAGAAACUGGGGAGGAAACGGUGGCAGAAGAAAACGGAAUUACAGAUGAUAAAACUGAGAGGAAAAAGAGUAAGAGAGAACGAAAAGAAGAGAGACAAAAGAACAAAAAGAAGGAGAAAAAAGACUUGAAAUUAGAAAACCAGUCAGAAGUAAAAAAGAGUAAGAAGUCCAAAAAAGGAAAGGAGAGCUUGGAGAAUGAACUUGAAAUAAAUGGAAACGGCCUUCAAAAUGAACUAGAAGAGGAAAGAAAUGUAAAGAAACGCAAACAUAAACAUGCAGAAGAGGAACCUCGUACCACAGCAAAGAAAAUGAAAAUUGAACACAUUUCAGAAGACAUGGAAACAGAAAACACCAAUGAAAAUGAAGGAAAUGUCGGAACAGAUAAAGGUAAAUUCAACUGGAAGGGAACCAUCAGAGCUGUUCUGAAACAGGCUCCAGACAAUGAAAUUUCAAUUAAGAAACUAAGAAAAAAGGUUAUAGCUCAGUACUAUGCAGUAGCUGGUGAACAUCACAAAUCAGAAGAGGAUAUUCUUGUCAUAUUUAAUAAGAAAGUGAAUAACAAUCCCAAAUUCAAAGUUUUAAAAGACAAAGUUAAACUCCUGAAAUAAAAGUUUGCAUACUUUUCCUAACCUUUGCUUUUCAGUCUUGCAGACUGAGUCAAAUUCUUCUGCCAGCUGUACAAAUAUCAAGCCUUGGUCUCAGUUUGAAUUGUCUACGUGAGAGCAGAAUUUGACUUUUAAGACUUGAUUCCUCUUUUCUAGAUUUAUCACAAAACACUUUCGGGUAUUUUAUUUUUUGAUUUUAUGGAAAAUGUGUAUUUUUUCUACAAAUUUUAAGAUGCAUUGACGAUUUUUGCUGCCUACUCUAUUAAUAUUCUUACAGUAAUGGAUAUAAUUUAUGGGCAUGAAUGUUUCUCAGGACCUGUGUGUAUGUAUUUUUGCAGAAACUAUUCUAAGAGCAAAUAGAAUUUUCAUAUUCAAAACCACACUGGGCUUUAAUAAACUGUUAAUUUUUGUGUUGUAAAAUGCAUAAUUAAAGUGUCUGUCAAGUUUGUGUAUGUAAUAUUGCACAUUUGGUGAAAAUCUAAAGACUGAGUUAGCUGUAUAUCUGCAGCUGCUGAAUGUUUUACUAAUGCAUCUGUCUUCAGUGUAAGUGGUCUCAUGGUCUAUACAUUGACUGAUGAAAUAAAUUACUUUAAAACACCACCUUAAGUAUAAUAAAUCUUGCCACUUUGAUUGUACACUUGAUCAACAAAGUACACAAAAUUUGAAGAGACUGUUAUAUUGCAGUCACUGAAAACAAUUUAGGCAGGCCAGAAAUCUUACAAGUAAGAGUCAGAGUUGCCUGGGGAAAGUUACUUGAGUUUUAUAGGUUUUAAUGAAAUGCAAAGUACUUGCAGAUAAGGAGUUUCCUACCAUGCAAUAAUAUGUUUAAAACAGUCCGAGAAAGCAGUGAAAAUUUCUUGCAGUAGAUAGUAUGGUGCUUUGGAAAAUUGCAUAGCGAUUUCAAGCAGAUAUACCUUUAUAACACUCCGUAAUUAAAAAUAUCUGAAUUUGUAUAAAUAUUGAAUGUAUUAAAAGUAUAACUAUGAAAAAAUAACUCAUAGACUGGGUCCAUAUUUUCCAAAUACCUGUUUAUCUUGUUUAUAAUAAAGUUGUAA